UUCACGUCUGAUAUUUCUUCCGAAGUAGAGGGAUUAUUGAAAAAAGCGUGCUCAGCAACGCGCCAAAGCUGUUUUAAACCUUGGUUACAAAAGGUUACGAUUACUCUGCCGUCCGGCUCACUGCGUUGCGCGUUUGAUUUCUUCUCAGAUUCCUCGUUCCGCGGAAGUCUAGGUUAGCGUUGAAUAGGAGAGCCUCAACCUACGUGAUUGUACAUCGUUCAAGCUCUGUCGUCCAUAUAAAGCCACGAUGGAUCAGAUCAAAACGAGGAUUACUCUGUUGGUUACUAUGAUGUGGAUCAUGUCUUUUACAGUCUGUGUGAUCGCGACUAGCUCACAAGCAACAUCGUCCUUAUCAGCAACAUCUGCGUCAGCUUCAACAUCGCCGCCAACUCUUACAACAUCAUCAGGGUCACCACAGCCAUCACCAUCAGCUUUAGGAUCACCUAAGCCAUCAGAGUCGGUGAAAUAUUUAAACACAAGAGAACUCUUUCUCAACACUUCGCUAGUGGAAUCAACACUAUUCUCAUCAUCACCUGAACCUUCAGCAUUGGCAUCGGCCGAAGCAACGAGACCACCAGAAUCACCAUCAACGUUUCUAUUGCGAACACUAGUUACAUUACGGUCAUCAUCAUCAGAACAGGAGUCACAAUCGAUAUCAGAAUUAGCAUCAAACCAAUCAUCACCACUACGAUCUUUACCGCAACCACCGCCGUCCACAACCUCAUCAGCAUCACAGCCACCAGCAUCACCGUCAGCGGCACAAACAUCAGUAGCAUUACUACAGACAUCACCAGCAGCGUCAGGAUCACCUCAACCAUUAGAGUCAGCGACAAGAUCACCUCUAGCAGCAUUAACACCAAUGUCCUCAUCCUCAGCCGAAGCAUCGAAAUCAGCGGCACAAACAUCUAUAGCAUUACUAACGACAUCACCAGCAACGUCAGGAUCACCUCAACCAUCAGGGUCAGCGACAACAUCACCCUUAGCGGCAUCAACACUACUCACAUCAUCACUUGAACCAUCAACGUUGGCAUCAACAUCUCCUUUACUAACACCAUCACCAUCACCAUCAUCAAAGUCGAAUUUAUCACAAUCGCAAUCAACGCAACCAGCACCAUUAUCAACGGGACCACCAGAAUCACCAUCAGUGUCACUAUCGCCAACACUAGUUGCAUCAGGGUCAUCAUCAUCAGAACAAGAGUCGCAAUCGAUAUCAUCAUUAGCAUCAAACCAAUCAUCACCGCAAUCAUCACCACUGUCAUCACUAGCGCAAUCAAAAUCAUCACCGCAACCACCGCCGUCCACAACCUCAUCAGCAUCACAGCCGCCAUCAUCACUGGCUUUAGCAUCACCACUCACAUCAGUAUCAGAAUCAACCCAAGUAUCGCCGCCACCAUCAGCGCCAGUGUCAACAGUCCCAUCACCAUUGACACCACUGCCACCAUUCCUCUCGUCAUCAUUAAUGCCUGUAUCACCAAAGCCAUCAGAUUUUCCGUCACCGUCACCAUCGGCAGCACCACCAAAGUCUCCAUCACCUUCUCCACUGACUCCAUCACCGCAAUCCCCAUCACUUCCACAGUCACCAUCAGCACUGCAACCGCCAUCAUCGUCACCACCAGUAUCACCAAUCCAGUCAACACAAUCUUUAGCUGUAACACAAUCUUUAGCUGUGACACAAUCUUUAGCUGUAACACAAUCUUUACCAUCCUCGUCGAUAGCAUCAACAGGUUCGACAAAAAAAACUGUAUCGACGACAGCAAAAGCAGUUACAAGCACAGUGUCUACGUCAUCGACGUCGCAACCACCUACUACAUCGUCAAUAGAAGGCGCUAAGAAAUUCGAUGGAAGAGGCAAAAUAGAGGAGCCUUGGGACAACGAAUAUGCAAAUACCAAUUCCGUUAAGUACAAACGCCUUAAGAGCAGGCUUGAAACCCAUUUUAAAGGAAUUCUCGAAAAGAAAUACGAAGAGAAUUUACUUGAUCUUGAGGUGAACAACUUCCAGGAGGGGAGUGUAAUUUUCGACUUCACAGUUUUCCUUACAUCUACGACGGAUGUUAAUGCCGACAGCCUGAAGGAGGCAAUAGAGAAAGAUGAAGGGGGCUCAAACUUCACUAUUUUCGUUGAAAGUGUAAAGCAGGUCGCUGGUCCCACACCAACAGUAACGUCGCAAUCACCCACGACAUCGUCAAAAGGGUCACUCCGAAACAUGACUUCUUCACAUCAUUGCGUAGGGAAGGCGCUAAGAAAUUCGAUGGAAGAGGCAAAAUGGAGGAGCUUAGGGACAACGAAUAUGCAAAUAGCAAUUCCGUUAAGUACAAACACCUUAAGAGCAGGCCUGAAACCCAUUUAAAAGAAAUUCUCGAAAAUAAAUACGAACAGAAUUAACUUGAUCUUGAGGUGAAAAACUUCCAUAUGGGGAGUAUAAUUUUCGACUUCACAGUUUUCCUUACAACUAAGACGGAUGUUAAUGCCGACAGCCUGAAGGAGGCAAUAGAGAAAGAUAGAGAAGGCUCAAAUUUCACGAUAUCCGUUGAAAGUGUAAAGUAGGCCGCUGGUCCUACACUAACGACAACGUGUCCGAGUGAGCAACCUGAGGCGACAUCCUCUGUAAAGGCGUGGAUUUCGGUUGUGAUCACACUUGGGAUUAUAAUUCUGGUUUUGCCUGCUUUGCUGCUGUGUUUAAUCGUGAGUAACGAUUAGUCCUAUAAAAGAUUUCUCUCUAGUAAACAGGGCAAUAAUAGAAGCUUUAAGUAAGAUUUGGUGCUUCCGAUAUCAAUGAGUGGAGGAUCGUAAUUAUAAUUGUCAAUCAAAGAGAAGAAGCACUUUCAGAAGGGGUCAAUGAACACUAAAACGAGAAGAGAGAGGUCCCAAUACCAGCUAUAAGCGCGAAUGAUCGCGAGAAACAAGUCACGUUAGUUUCAUUGAUCGAGAAGGCAGCGCAAACAUAAAAACAAAUCAAAAAAUGAAUAUAGAAUCCAACCAAUGCCAUCACGAAUUUCUAUUGUCACUCGGUUGAAAAUUGCUCCAUUCAGAUUUAACCAAGGGUCGCAAUAGUUAGUAUGAUUAGAACACACAGCUGAUAUUCAAUCACUUCUGACCGAUUCUGAACACUACUCUUUGGGAAAACGUCAAUCUCCCCAGCCAAGGAGUUACAAUCAAAAAGGACUUACAGUUCUAUAUUAGUGGACUCUAUGUAAUUUCAGUUGAAGCGCAUUUCGAGCCGAAACUAAUUUUUUGGUAUUUCCUCACAAAGCUUCAAAACAGAAGAGGGCGAGAAAGGCGUCAAUUCUGCACAAUGACAACGAUCCUUUUGCACAGCCCCGUAUAUACAGCAUCGAUUCCAAAGAUAUGUACUUGCUAUCUGGUAU